AUGUCCUACACACCAACUACAUCCUACUACGGCCAAUCGGUCAAAGAUCGAACCACCGAAUUCCACUCCCUCGUCGACUCCAUCUCUUCUCGCUCCACCCAACCCACUUGCUCGAAACAGAAACUCUUACCCAACUCCAACCCAAAAGGAGAAUUCGCGCGAAGAGCCCAAGCUAUCGGGAAAGAUAUCGCUUCAACAACUGCCAAGUUGCAACGUCUUGCACAGCUGGCUCGUCGAAAAACCCUAUUUGACGAUCGGCCGGUCGAAAUCUCAGAACUGACUUACAUCAUCAAGCACGACAUCGCUGCAAUCAACAAACAGCUUGCAGACUUGCAGGCGUUCAACAAAGCGAACCAAUCCGGGAAAAGUGCGGAUAGAGCGGAAGAGCACAGGGGCAAUGUGGUUACACUCUUGCAGAGUAAACUGGCGGGUGCAACGACGAGUUUUCAAGAUAUACUGGAGGUUCGAACUCGAAAUAUAAAAGCGAGUAAGGAUCGGAGCGAACAAUUUAUGUUCGGUAAUACCGCAGCUGGUGUUGGUGCGAUGGGAGAGAAUUCAGGAAUUGGGGCUGAUGCAGUUCUUCGUUCUCGAUCUAAACCUUCUGGUGUUGGUGGAGCAGAUUCUCCGCUAUACCAUCCACAACGAACAGGUUCGGCAAUGGCGCAUCGAUCUUCCCCGCUCAACCCAGGUGCAGCAGCGGGUGAUGGGUAUGAUCCAAAAGCAAAACCUCUACCCACAGCCGCGGGCGAUGGCGACUUUUUAGCGCUUGAUAUGCGCCCCCCAUCAACUGCACCCGGCGGUCAAUCCGGAGAUCAAUACCUCCAGAUGCAACUAAUGGAAAACAACGAGAACAACUACAUGCAGCAACGAUCCACGGCAAUCGAAUCGAUCGAAUCCACCAUCUCGGAACUCGGACAGAUCUUUUCCCAGCUUGCACACAUGGUUGCAGAACAGAGAGAAACCGUGCAGAGGAUCGACGAUAAUGUGAUGGAAGUGGUGGAUAAUGUAGGUGGCGCUCAGAGGGAAUUGUUGAAGUACUAUGCAAGUGUCAGCAGUAAUAGGUGGUUGAUGUUGAAGAUUUUCGGUGUGCUGAUUGUGUUUUUCUUGCGUAAGUUGCCGAUCGGCCCCCCUUUACGCUUUGAAGAGGUGAGGGGAGAGCUGACACUUUUUCAUCUUGUUUGCCGUGUGGUUCGGGAUAGUGUUCAUUUUGGUCUCUUAGAAGCAUCCGUUUUGUUGCAAUCGCAAACUUUCGCCGAUCAUCUCGCAUAUGCAACGAUUGAUUUGCGUAUACAAGAAGGGCGAGGAAAAGAGGCAUUAAGCAUCGCAAUUCCUCCACUCCGGCGGCAUCCAUUGUAA